AUGUUAUUGGGGUAUGACAUUGGCAGUUCUUUUGUUAAAGCGUCACUAAUUGACAUUUCAACAAAUUCAACACUUUUCACGACACAGUCACCGAACACUGAAAUGCCAAUUAAAGUAAAGUCGCCUGGUUUUGCUGAGCAGAAUGUAGAUGAGUGGUGGCGCAGUGUAGUUGCUGUGACGCACUCGAUAGUGUCUUAUUGUAUUUCUUCAAAUCUUUCAACCGACCAAAUCAAGAGUAUUGGGAUUUCAUAUCAAAUGCAUGGAUUAGUCCUUUUGGAUGCAAAUGGUCAAGUUUUGCGGGAGAGUAUUAUUUGGUGUGAUUCACGAGGGAUUUCAUAUGGCAAGCGAUAUGAAGAAAUGAUUGGAGCAGAGUUUUGUGAAGAGCAUUUAUUAAAUCUCCCAGGCAAUUUUACUGCAUCGAAAAUUGGAUGGGUGAGAGAGCAUGAGCCCGAAGUCUUCUCGCGAAUAUAUAAAGUGAUGUUACCAGGAGAUUAUAUAGCAUAUAGAAUGAGUGGUAAAAUGCAGACUACUUGUUCUGGACUUUCAGAAAUGAUGUUAUGGGAUUACACCACACAAUCUAUUAGUGAAGAAAUGGUAUCGAUGUGCGGUCUGAAACUAUCACAACUUUGUGAUAAAGUCGACACCUUUUCAGUUCAAGGAACACUUCUGUUAAGUGUUUCUGAGGAACUGAAAAUCCCUCAAAACGUCAAAAUUUGUUAUCGAAGUGGUGACCAGCCUAAUAACGCAUUUACAUUGAAUUGUUUACAUGACGGAGAAGUUGCUUCGACUGCUGGAACAUCAGGAGUUGUGUAUUGCAUCACUCAACACAAAGUGAAAGACUCGACAAACGAAGUCAAUACGUUUCUUCAUGUGAAUCACUCGACAGAGAAUGAACACUAUGGAGUGUUGCUUUGUAUCAGUGGAUGUGGGUGUUUGUACUCAUUCAUGAAGAAAGUUAUUGGCGCAGAAUACACUAGAAUGAAUGAAUUAAGUGAACAAGUUCAAAUAGGUUCUGACGGUCUUCUUGUUAUACCUUUUGGCAAUGGACCCGAGAGGAUUCUUGGAAAUUUGGACAUGAACUGCUCCAUUCACGGUAUCAAUUUUUUCAUUCAUGAUAAAAGACAUCUCAUUCGGGCGUCGUUAGAGUCCAUUGCGUUUUCAUUUGCGUAUGGAAUUAAACAUAUUGAAAAUAUGGGCAUUCACAUCAAUACUAUAAAGGCGUGCAAAGCAAAUUUAUUUCUCUCAAAUGUCUUUGUAGAGACGUUGUCCGGAGUAACGAAUAAAGUCGUUGAGAUAUAUGACAGCGAUACAGCAAGUGGAGCUGCUCGUGGCAGUGGUAUAGGUCUUGGUGUUUUUACAUAUGCAGAAUGUGCUCCUAAAAUAGUUGAACGGGUGUGUAUAGAAGAUGAAAAGAGAAGACAGUUAUUUGCUCUUUAUUACAAACAAUGGGAAAACAUUGUGUUGCGACAAAAAGACGAGUUGUUGCAAAAAGUAUUUAAUAAUUAA